GCCAAGCACACGGAGCACCAUGAGGGUCGUCUCUACAGCAUCCCACUGGAGGAGGUGAAGGCUGUGUUCCCACACGGAUUGCCCUAUCGCUUCCAGCAGCAGAUCCAGACCUUCAACGAGGCCUGUGUGAUGGUGAGGAAACCAGCACUGGAGCUCUUUGCCUACCUGAGGAGCACUAACUUCGCCCACCCAGCUGUCAGAUACCUCAUCUACGGAGAGAGAGGAACAGGGAAAACCAUGACCCUGUGCCAUGUGAUUCACUACUGCUCCAGGCAGGGCUGGUUGGUGCUGCACAUCCCUGAUGCUCAUCUCUGGGUGAAAAACUGCAAGGAGCUUCUGCAGUCUUCCUACAACAAAGACAGGCUGGACCAACCUUUGCAAGCCUCUUCCUGGCUCAAGAAUUUCAAAUCCUCCAAUGAACACUUCCUGAGAGAGAUAAAAACCCAGAGAAGGUAUAUAUGGGGCAAACGAGAGAGCACUGAGGAGGGAAGACCUUUGGGUGAGGUGGUGGAGCAGGGUUUGGCUCGUGUCAGGACUGCCAGUGAUGUUGUUGGGGUGGUGCUCAGGGAGCUCAAGCAGCAAUGCCAGCGUGGCUCCUUCAGGCUCCUUGUGGCAGUGGAUGGAGUCAACGCUCUCUGGGGAAGGACAACGCUCAAGAAGGAAGACAGGAGCCCUGUUUCUCCAGAUGAGCUGACACUGGUGCACAACCUGAAGAAGAUGGUGAGGAAUGACUGGAGUGGAGGUGCCAUAGUGACCACCCUGAGCCAGACUGGUUCCCUCUUCAAACCCAGCUCUGCCUACCUGCCCCAGGAGCUGCUGGGAAAGGAGGGGUUUGAUGCCCUGGACCCCUUUGUCCCCAUCCCAGUCCCCAACUACAGCCCGAAGGAGUUCGAGAGCUGCUAUGGAUACUACCUGGAGCGCAAGUGGCUGCAGCACGAGAAAGGUCA